UUUUAAUUUUACCGAUCUGGCAUCACUGCCUGUAGUCAAACUUUUGAGAGAAAGUGUUUGUAGACUGUCGAAACCAACGGGCAAGAUGGAAGCAAGUAAUUUGGAGGCAACUGUCACAGAAGUGGUAUGCACGGUUACACCAAAACUCACAGCAUUCUGGGAAGACAACCCCAAGGGAUGGUUUGAGGCGAUAGAAGCUGAAUUUCGUUUAGCAAACAUCGAGCAAUCCCUAACAAAACUCGAUUACGUAACGUCAAUUCUUACCAGCAAUCAAACGUUCCCCAUUCUCGACAUAAUUACAGAGCCACCUGCGAUAGAACCAUAUGAAAAAGCAAAAGAUCGGCUAAUCAAAGAAUUCGAGAACAGCUAUAACUCUCAAUACAUUCGCAUUCUGGACCAUGUAACGUUGGGCGACAGAGAACCAACAGAAAUGUUAGAAGAAAUAAAGAAACUCGUGCCGCUACUGAACGAAACCACCAUGCGUAAAAUUUUCGUCAGUAAACUUCCAAGUAGAGCAAAAGAGUUUGCUAGUUGUUUAACAAAGUUAAGCCUAGACGAACUAGCGGAAGUAGCAGACCUGUUUCAAACGAAUUUCAACGAACAAAGAGAGCAGCGCAGAGAAUUUGAUCUACUUAUCGCGGGAAUCCGAGCACUCAAUAAUUUGGUAACGGAAGUAAGAUCUUCGAGAGAGUGUUUCGAAGAGUAUAUAUAUGGACAAGGUUCAGAAGAGCAGAGCUCAUCAGAAUCUUCAGACGAACGAAUCUGUUAUUACCAUAGGAAAUUUGGCGAUAAUGCUUUCAAAUGCAAGGGUCGGUGCAAUUAUAAUGCAUAGUCUCUUAAACGCCAUGUGGGACUCACAAUAGCCCACCUUCUCUUUAAUGCUUUCUGCACUUUGUAUUUGUGCCUUGGCAUAGACAUUAAAAACAAUUCAAUAAAACUUAAAUUGUCAAUAAUCGUGCAACCAGAUGGACAAUUCGUACAAAAUGAACAUCUUUUGAUAGACCUAGACAAAUUCUAAAACAUUUUGGAUAAGUUAUAUGAUACUAUUUUUGUAUAAAAAGUUUGUACAUAUGCCACAUAUAAUUUUCAAUAUGGUUGACCGUAAUAAAUAAAUAACUUCGGACUUUA